CGUUAAUCCGCGAUCUUUCAGCGCUCAUAAAUACGCUCGUAAACAAGAGAGGGAGAACUCCCUGUGGUAUUCCUUUCGAUUGGCGGUCCAUAGCAGAGCGUAUUUAAAGGAUUUGGCUAAUUCAUUCAUUAGGGCUAACAACCACAGAGCAUUGGAAACGAUCGAGUAAAAUAAUGGAAGCAAAAUCUAUCCUCCUCUGCUGCGUCUUGCUCCAGCUGUGGAGCACGUGCAAGGGCGAGGCCAACCCCGACACGUGCGUGGAGUGCGCGCGCACACCCACCGCAUGUCGCCGCAUUUCCGGUCUGUACACGGUGACAGUGCUCACGGAAGGCACGUACAACCCCGUGGUGGAGAUCCCUGCCCCGGCCUGCAGCAUCAACAUCACAGAGUUUGCCCGCAGCAGCAACUACAUCGCUGUGAAGACGAGCCGAAACCAAGGUAUCCUCAACAGCUACUGGGGUCUGGCGUCUCCAGGCCAGUACUACGGGGCUGGCUCUCGAUUCUCGUAUGACAGAAAUUCCGGUUCCUGCAAAGGUUCCUGUAUCUUCUCCGAAGGCCCAACGACAGAGAAAAUCGUCGUCCAGAUUUUGUACUACGACAAGAACCCAGGCAUAGCCUAUGAAUUCAUUUUACCUAACCACGUUCCGUUUACGCCUUUUGAUGGGACAUAUUCAAAGCAAAACGCACCAGCACCAUUGAAAACUGCGUCGUCUUCGUCAUCUGUGUCAUCGCCAAAGUCUUCUGCGCCCUUGACGUCUUCCUCCUCGAGAUCUUCCUCGUCGUCUUCGUCGUCUUCUUCGGCUUCCACUCCCCAGCAUCAUCGUCGCCAUGGUUCUCAGCGCCGUUAUAAUCGCCACUACCGAAACAGGCCACGUACCAUCAGGAGGGAGGAGAAGUUUGAAGGCGAGCACUACACAGGCUCACAGGUAAAACCAAACAGCAACACGCUCAGUACCAUUACGAGACCCCUACCUGCAGGACAGGGCAGAAACGUGGGGGGCAGCUCGUACAAAUGGAAAAUCUCCGGUCUCACCGAGUGCUCAAAGACUUGUGGACGAGGUGUGCAGAGAACCAAUGUCGUCUGCGUGUCCAAAUCAUCUCGCACACAGGUGGUCGUUACGCCGGAAAACUGUGCAAACUCGCUCAAGCCUCGGACGCAAACUGUUGAGUGCAACUCUCAGCCAUGCGAACCUGCGUGGGAAGCUGAAGACUGGUCCGAGUGCAGUGUGACGUGUGGUUCUGGCACCCAGACCCGCACGGUGGAGUGUCGCCAGAGGUUCUCGCCCUCCCUCGUCCUCCGGGUGUCAGCUGACCAGUGCGGCCUGGCCGAGAAGCCUGCGGUGGCUCAACAGUGUGAGAAGGGACUCUGCUCCGAGUGGCAGGCAGGCACAUGGGGAGAGUGCUCUUCGAGCUGUGGUGAAGGCACCCGCCGCCGACAGGUGGUGUGUCUUCAAAGGGGAGCAACUGAGAUGGAGAUCGUGCGGGACGAGAACUGUGAGGCGUCCCUGAGGCCCGACUCUCAAGAGCCUUGCUCGAACGCCGAUUGCAGCGCCGUGUGGUACACUUCAAACUGGUCAGAGUGCUCCGUCACAUGCGGUGAUGGCAUCCGCACUCGAGAAUCUCGCUGUGUGGAAGACGGAAGAUCCUCCUUGUCCUGCGUAGGGUCACUGAAGCCCCACACAAGAGAAGUUUGCUCGCUCUCCGCCUGUAUCGAUUACCAGAGGACAGAUAGAUACACGGAGAGAGCAGAACGAUAUAGGCCGAGGAAAAGCAGAUAUAGGUCCAGCCUGGAAACAAGCAGACAAGGCAACACAGAAAGCUAUGCGCAGUUGACACUCGGUGGCGGCGUUGAUGGAGGAGAGGAGAGGAGAACACUCAUUGAGUCUGUUAGCGGUGAGAGGGAGGAAGAGAAAGAAGUGGAUGUGGAGGAUGAUUUUGAAGACGUAGAAGAAGAAAACAAAUCUGGACAUUCAUCCGAUAUAGCUUCUUCUUCCUCCUCUUCACAAGAGGCACAAGAAGACUGCAAAGACAACUACUUUGACUGCCUGGUGGUGGCCCAGUCCCGCCUGUGUCCCUACGAGUACUACAAGCACCUGUGCUGUCAGACAUGCUCCAAGCUCAAGCACUCAAAAGGACCCAUAGGCGUGUAAGAUCCCGACAACACGACGAGCAGUCAGCGGGUGACCCUUGUCAUCGUCUCCCUGUACGCCUGACUAAAGAAUAGACACCCCCCCCCCCUUUCCCUUUUUCACCCCGACCUUUUUUCUACACUUUGCGCUACCAACUACAAAAGUGAAGGGGGUAAAAGUAGAUUGGCUCCCGUUGAUGUCCAAGUAUUAACACCGCAGUUAACUGUUCGUUAGUAUGAAUUUAAGAAAGGUCCCAUUUUUUUUUCAUGUCUGUUGGCAAAAGAUCAAUGUCUGCCAAGUUCCGAGAGGAAUGUCCAUGAAAGACGACGUCUCCAGUCGUGUCUGCGCUGUUGGCUGUGUUUUUUUCUGUCAAUGAUCAACCGAAUUUUGCUGAGGCUCAAUGAAGUGACGUGAAAGAAAUUAGAUAAUUAAGACAUGGAUGAAUUUCUUUUGAAAUGCUGUAAAUCAAAUGGCUCUGGGUGGAUUCUUUUUGGAUCUGAGGGGCACUUGACCUCUGUCAUAUCUCUCUCAAGGGACAGUUUUCAGGCGAAAUCUAUAAUUAAACGAAAACUCCAAAGAGACUAUUUUACAGUGCAUUUUAGACCCCGUCCCUUUGCGCAUUCAUACUAUGCAUACACCAUACUAUUCUGUUGUCAAUAACGGCACCUGCACCAGUAGUUCCGGCGGGGCGGGGGGGGGGGGGUGAUUCUUCUUUAGUUUUGCCCUGACUGAGACAAGUGUAUCACAGCUCAAACUCCCAAUGCUCAGAUUGUUGGCUGUUGUUGCUGUACCCUCGUGACCAGCGAGACAAAAAGAAGGAUGAGUGUGAGUGAGGCAGGACAGUCUCCUGUGGAUAUGAAACUGGGUGUGAAAUGUGAAGUUGAACUUUGAAAGAGGACAAGACUGGCGUAAGGAUACAAGUUUAAAAGCUAGAAAUGUUGGAACGUGUAUCGAUUUCAGUGUUUGCGGAAUGCAAGGAUGCUUUCUGUUGAUGUAGCCUACCAUUGUCUGAUUCUGUUUUAUGAGAAUUGUAUUGAAUGAAGAUUUCUGCACAAGUGUGUUUGUACGGGUUGUUUUAUGUAAUCGCUGUGAACACUGAGGUCAGAACAAUAUGUGUAAAAAUGUAUUACAUACAGCGUCUUGGUGCGAGGGCCUGCAUGUUUAUGCAGCAUGGGUUACAGAUAUGCCCGGCCUCUCAAAUCUGUAUAAUCGGGUCGGAGCUGAAAUGGAACCCAUCCCUCUGAUGUAAAAAAAAAAAAAUCAACUUCUGAUCUGCUUCAUAUUACCAUCGGAUAUUUCAGUGUACUCUUUACAAGCACCAUAAUCUACUGCACUUACUAUAGCCACAUAGUGCCAGAUAGAAAAGGCAACAGUCAUUGAAUCUAAUUAAAGGGGAGUGGUGGGGCAGCUUCCUGAAAAGGUGACCAUGGUGCUAACACAAUAUAAUAAUAGGUCUUUAUAUUAUAUACCAACACUGUUGAAGAUGCCACAUUUUGAGGAGUGUGCUCUAAAGGGAUAUAGUAUAGGAUGAGUACAUUUUUGAGUGUGUGUAAUAAAUCACUGUUUACACAGGUGAAGAAUGUCACACAUCUAUACAUUGUGUAUCUAGACAUUGUCUUCUCUUUACCAGAUUACAUGAAUGGGUAGAGCAUUUUACCAUGAUUGAUGGGUUGUUUGCGGGUGCUCUAGUGUGAUUUGCUCCUUCUUUCCUGUCAAACAACUACCACCCUUAAUUCUCCUCCUUUUCCUCGUAUAUAUGUUCUCUCUAGUAACACCUCUUAUCUGUCACACAUAUAACUAUGACCGAUUUGCAUUGCAAAUGCUGUAAAACUCUUACUAAAAACUAAAUUACCAUAAUUGUAUGACAUUGUAAAUGGCUGAUAUGGUGCGAUGUAUGGACUUUUUUAUGACAGUAAUGAAAGCAAGGUGACGUUUGGCAUUACAAUAUGAUUAAAUAAUCCACAUUAUGAGAUGAGUACCUUAUUUUCUUGAAGUCGUUUGUCACUUUUUAAAAAUAGGAUAAACAACCUGUUUAAUGAUUUAUAGUAUAGGCCUUCUCUUUGCACAAAUAUAUGUAUGUACAGUUACACUAAGACUUCUUUCUAUUUAGUUACGGAAUGCUUCCCCUUGAACUGGCCACGUAUUAUAAUGAUAGCAUAAUAGUUUAAUCACCGGAAAAAGAAUGUGCUGCACCGUUACUCUGAAUAUGUCCUUGCCUCAUGGUUGCGUCAGUAUGGAAUAUCGAAAUAGAAAAUUAUAUUCGAGUUGCUUAGAGGACAUGACCUCAACAGAGAUCAACUUUAGAACCUGAAAACAGGUAGCAAAAGAUAGCAGCCACUGGAAGAGAAUUCAAGACCAGCCUCGCAAUGAAAGAGAACUACAUAGCUGGAAAGGCGUAUGAUACACAACACCUGAAAAGACACAACAGUGUAGACAAACCCAGUAGAGCACCGAUCAUUUUCUUGUACUUUGCUUCCACUACAUGUACAACUGGCCUAAUUAACCAUACCCUGCGUGGUUAUUAUGAUGAGACAUAAAAUUUUUGUAGACAAAUAGAGCACAAAACACUGUCGUUUGUUGCGAUGGAACAUAACAAUUCCCAGUAAUAUUGAGCACUAGCGCUUUCAAGUAGCCGUCAGAAUGAGUAACGCUAACCAAAAAUAUGGUAAAUUUUUCAGAGAAAUUCCACAGCUUCACCAUUACCAGCAGAGUCAAAACUUAGCAGGGAAAGGCAAAGAAAAAAGGUGUCACUGUUCAUCAAGUAUUGGUUCAACAAAGUAAAGAAUGCGCAGUGUAUCAGUCAUGGUGGCAAGGGUAGCAGCUCAGCAUCCUUGGCGGGAUUGCUACUCUUUAAAACGGGGAUCCUCAAUCCAUUAUAAUUGUCACUUCUAGCACUCUUGGCGCUGCUCCAGUCUUAAAUAUAAUGAAUAUCUCCCAAUCCAUCUGUCAUUCCUAGCCUACUACUUCAUAUUAUUUAAAGUGUGUUCUCUGAACAACCUUCACGAACAAAUUUCAUCAAAUUAACGAAGAAAAGAUAUAGGCUACAUAAAUCGUAACCUACAAAACCAGCUGGCGUCCCACUACAUGGAGCUUAGUUCUCCGUCUAUUUAUUAUUUUUUUUAAGCCUUCAAAAACCCAAAUUAAUGUUGCACCAGUGUACAAGGUGUGUAUUCUUAACAAGAUUCCGAGUAUUGUGAUCAAUGGAACACGAAGUCAAUAAAAAUGAGCAAGUCAUGUUCUUUGACUACCUUUUAGUAGGGCUGGACUUUUUUAAACUUCCGCGGAAUUUUUUUUAUAAGAUCAAAUUAUGUUGGCCCACUGCAGUUUGUAUACUGCAUACAAAUACUGGUACAUGUACAUAUAAUAUAUCGAUCAAUACAACAGGAUACCUAAACUUAAAGAACACCAGAUUUUGAAUGACGCGAAAGGUAGCUUAGACGCAGAGACUUAUCUGAAUUUGGCUUGUCUAAAACUUGUGUUUGUUGUGUCCCUAUAUAUUACAUAAAACCAUGCUAUUGGCAGUAAGCGUAUUAUUAGAACAGUUUAUAUGAAAGACCUAUGGGUAUGCUGGAGAAUGGCAUUACUUAGAUUAUAUCAGUGCCGUUACUGACUCCCGUACUGUUUCAAUUCUGACUACUUAAGAAGAAUCAAAGGUUCCGUCUUCAUGAACGUACACUAGCAAAAUGUACUUGCAUAGCUUUGUAAUAUACAUGUAAUUUUCAAACAGAGCUAAUAGCUUUGAAUCCGGGCUCGCAAAAGUGGUCCUAACUGAACUAAGAGAAAAAAGGAAGGUUGGUUUCCUUGCCCCCCCACCCCCCACAAAAAAUCCCCUACUCCCUCCACACCUUUUACUUUAAUCAUUAAUUUUUAUCACCUCUUCUCCUGACGACACUUACAAUGUACGCCGUUGUACAUGUGUGUACAUACUUCUGUGCAUUGCACUAUGUUCAAACUAUUACACUGAAUAUGUAAUCAAAAGCCCCACUGUUCUUAGAAGUGUACAACUGUGCAGUGUGUUCAGACUCAGAAUUUGGAGCUUAACUCUACCGUCUCUAGAGUCAAGACAUAUUUUAGUUGAAGUUCCUCACCUACAGUAAAUCGUGCACAUGUGUGCUACGCAAAGGAAAAUAACAUCACUCACCGCGAAUUUGUUAAUUCUGUGGGGAGGUAUCGUAUUAGAUAGUUAAGAUAGGUGCAUCUGAACAAAAUAUAAAUUUCCCCAAUUCCCAAUAAUAACCACACAAAAAAAACGUCACACACACAUACACACAUAAAAACACGCUGAGAGAGAGACAGACAGAGAGAGAGGGAGAGAGAGAGAGAGAGAGAGAGAGAGAGAGAGAGAGAGAGAGAGAGAGAGUGUCUUUAACUCUAGAAAAAAGCCCUUUUGCGUGAUCAUGUCAGAUACGGCAACUCGAAUCAAUAAAUUUCUCAUCACAGAUUUCUUUUUUAUUGUAGUGCUACACCUAUCUAUGAACGUUGAUCAAAAGCUCAUUAUGUUCCAAAGUACUCGUUUAAAUUAUAGUAUAAUUUCAUUUUAGUAAUUUUAGCUAGAAUAUUUACUGUACAAACAUUUGUUAUGGUCAUUAUUAUUGUCAUUACGGUUUUUGCUGAUUGUAUCAUUCACAACAUUGUGCAAUGUGUAAAUGCACUUGUUUUUCCUCUUCUUUGCUGAUAUUGUAUUCUUUAGAUAAAACGGAGUCAGCUGAUUUAAAACUCAAGUGUAAAUAUUACUUUUACUAGUGUCUCAUUGGUGUAAUAAAUGCUGUUUUGGAGCAAACUGCAUAAAUGUAGAAGUAGAACCAUGUAACUGCGAAACAAGGGUUAAGUAGAGGAUUUAUUCAAAACUUCCACUUGCAAGUUUAGAUAUUUAAAGACCAAUGGUCUCUUUUUAAUUAACUUUCUUUCACCCUUUUGCUAAUGCAGGUAUGCUACUUCAAAUUGCAAGUUUCAUUUCAAUAUUCUCAAAACAUAGAGGAAAAAUAAAUCUUUACAAACUUUUUUUACUUUAUACAUGUAUUUAAAUACAUGCCUUUGAAUAGAACUCUUGCUAUGACAAACAUCAAUUGGGAACCGAGUUUACUUGAAAAUUGUAAAUUUAAGCCAUACAAAGGAGCUCGUUCACUUGUCAGUUUCCCUUUUUUUUUCUCCAAUACCUUUCCUCUUUGGAUUUCAUGCAACUAUGACAAUGUGUGAAUAUAAUCACACUAAUACAAUAACGGAUACAUAUUUAUACAGUAACAGCUUUGUGAAUAUCAUGUUUGAAGUACAUGUGCAAGACAUUAUUGUGCAGGUAUGAACCCCUUGUUUAUGAUUGAGCAAUGCUGUAACCCUGCAUAUUCCCUUAAAUAAGACAAUACAACUUGUCUUUUUUGUCAGUUUGUCUUUUGUCCUCUUGUUUCCUUUAUUCACUAAAUUAUGCAAGACUAUUUGCCUGUCAAUUACAAAUUUAUCAAAGUAAUACAUAUUGUUUCGGUACAACUUGACCUGCAGUUUUUUUUAGCAUGAAUUGAAAUGAUAAACGAAGGUCCUGAACAAUGUCUCCAAGGAGGCAUUUGCCUGUAAUGAACUGCAGACAACAAUAAACCAUAUUUUGUUCACUAAA